AUGGAUCGAAUUUACGACAUGAUAGUGGCCGCGAUGGACUUUGUGUGGUCCCUAUGGCUCAGCAGCUGCACCAGUUCCUCGUCCCCAGCAGGCGACCAGCGGGGGCUCUGUGGCGAUGCCUUCAACCCAUCGUGUGCGACGGACAUCUUGUCGCCAACGUCCCCGAUCCAGUCGACGACGCCCAUGACCACCAAGGUCGAGCCUGUGGUCGAAGAGGGUGAACCCCUUGGGAUGUCUUCGCCCCUCAAAGUGCUUAUGGCUCAGUGGGGUGACCUGGAGGACGUCAUCAACACGAUGCCGACACCAACCCAGAGCAUUGACGAGCUCAUUGCCGCCCUCGAGGCUAUCGACUUCUCCAGCAUGCUGGAAACUCCACAAGACUCGUGGCCACAUGACAACGAAGACCAUUGCAACCAAGGUGAGCGGUUGAGUGUCAGCUCCGUCAUCGACGAGGACGACGACGCGCCGUUCUCCGUGGCAUUCACGAUGCAAGGCAUUCUGAGCUCAUGGCGGGACGAAGUUGUCGGAAGUGACUGGCUGCAUAACUCGAAGCGGAUGUUCGUGCGAGGCUUCGACUGGUCGUGCAAGAUGUUGUGCGAAUCGCAUCUCAUGCCGUUCAUUCAAUGCGCCAUCAACUUGCUCGGUGCAUUGCUGCCUUGA